CUAUGCAGUGUUUCGUUUGGAAAUAACUCAAAGCCAGAAAGAAAACAGGGCAUUGAGGAGGAAACUACAGCUACUGGAACUGAAGGUGGCACGGGAGCGUGCGGAGAGGACAGUGCGAGAGCGCGGCCUCGCCAGUGGUCCCAGUAGUGUCAAGAUCCUCGACCGAUACAGAGGAAUGGCAAGAGGACAUCUCACUGGAGGCCACAGGAGCUUUGUGAAGCCAGUGGAACACAAUACAUGGAAAGAUGAUCAACCAAUCACUGUUGAUGAGGGGAGUGGAACCUCAACCCAGCACGUUAUCUUGAUAGAGUCUGCAGAUACAGAGGCUGCAGGUCCUGGGGUCAAGCAGGAGAGGUCUGAAGGAGAGGAGGACCUACGGCACAGCAGAGACAUCCAGACUGGAGUGGCAGGAGCGCCCCCUGUAGUCACGAAGGACCCCACAACCACCGCAUCGCAGCCCAGGGCCCGACGAAGCAUCACGGAGGUCAAUGGAACGCUGAAUGCAAUCCUCAAGUCAGAGACAGACAAAGAGACUUUAACUGUAACGCACAGGUGCUUACCCACAGGAUCUGACCACAGAUCAGACCCAGAGAGACUAGGCCUGGGGAGACUGGGCUGUCCUCCUGCUCCUGGCUCAGAGUAUUUACCAGUAUUUCAACAGAGCCAGAGGACAGUUCAUUCAUGUGGUGAUGAGUUAGACUCUGGUGGUGAUGAUCUGUCUUGUUCUUACGCUACAGAGAUGGACCCUGGUAACAUAUCCUUGGGUUUAGAGACACAGACUGAUCUGUCUAGAGGGGACUGGAACCAGUACAGUAGUAGUGAAUACUCUGAAGGGUGCCUAGAUAAGAAAGGGGAGGGUCUGAUCAUAGAUGAGGUGAAAGUGGAGGGUGAGGUUCCUACCACAUGGAAUGCAGAUAAUCACCCAGGAGACGGACACUCACAGGGCAGAGAUUUCUUAGAUUACAGGGAAAGCUUAGAGACAAAUCCAAAUGCUGCGACCCACUCCCGUUUACACGCACUCAGGGAUAGCGACCCAGUGUCCAUGUCGAUAGGGCCUUCCGAUUCACACGGCCACGUCCUUUUCAAUCAGGUAUUGAACGCCAACGACAGGGCUAGAGCCCAGGCUCGGGGAGAGGGAGCAACAUCAGGCAAUAGUAAAGAGAAACGGUUCCUCUGCAUGUUCUGUAACAAAGGCUUCAGCUGCCCCCAGAAGGUGGAGAUCCACCAGAGGGUCCACACAGGGGAGAAACCCUUCAGCUGUACCCAGUGUGACAUGCGCUUCGCUGAGGCUGGCAGCCUGAAGAGGCACCAGAGGGUCCACACAGGUGAGAAACCCUACAGCUGCCCCCAGUGUGAGAAGAGGUUCUCCCACCAGCACCAUCUGAAGAGGCACUUGAAGGUCCACACGGGAUAGAGGCCCUUCGACUGCACUCACUGAGCGAAGAGGUUCUCAGAAAGGAGCUACCUCAGGAUACACCAGCAGAAAAACAAUUCCACUCUAUAACAUAGAAAGUAACUAUUCCAUUCGAUAGCUUCUGACGUUUAGAUCAAACCCUGCGUUAAAGAUGGAUUCAGCGAGAUGACAUAGAUGCACAAAGUAAACAGCAGUAGUGGGUCAAUUUCCACAACAACUAAGAGCAUUGAAGUGUAAGGCCCAGACAUUGUGGGAUAUAAAUCAAAUCCAAUCAAAAUGUAUUGGUCACAUGCGCCGAAUACAACAGGUGCAGACGUUACAGUGAAAUGCUUACU